AUGCGUCUGAGGCUUACUGACGUUCUACUCGCGACGGCUGCCGCUCUGGUCUUGGCCAUGGAUGCUUCCUCGGCAAGUAGUGGCGUCACGCUGUCCAAGCCGAACAUGGUUCUGCCCAGAGCGGAUGGGGGCGUCAGGAGCAACCAGCGAUUCCUGAGGGCGCAUUACGCUGAUGAUGGUGAAGACGAGGAGAGAGGCUUCAAGGAAUGGCUGGCGUCGCAGACGAUAUUGUUGCGUCUUGCGCGGGCGGAUAAUGAUGACAAGGCUCGGAUUAUCUCUGAAGUUCGGGAUCCUGACCUCUUAGCAGCCCUCUUCAAACAAACUAAGUCCCACCUGCACGACGCAUUCCCGUCAUUCAAGGACGGAAUGCAUGCGAAUGACUUUACUGCGAUGGUACAGAGGUCCGAGCUAGACAGUGAGACGCAGGGGAUGCUGAUUAGUGCUUACUCGAAGUAUUGGAGCACCAAUCAACACCUCAAACCUCCCAGCAGAUAA